GGGAAACUCCAAUAUGAAGGUGUUGCUGUGCUUGGCUGCCGUCCUGUGUGCCGCGAACGCUGGCAUCGUGGCUGGACCCACUGCUUUGGUCCGCGCUCCUAGCUUUGAUAGCGCCAUCAUCAAGUCCGACCGCCUGGGAGGAAACUUCGCCUACAGCACAGCGGAGAGUCACGCUUACGCCGCUGUUAGCCCUGUGGUGCAGAACGUAGUGAGCCCUGUUGGCGUCACUUACUCUGCCAGCCACAUUGCCGCCCCCUUGGCCGCUCCCUUGGCCGCUCCCUUGGCCGCCCCUGCUGUCGCAUACGGCGCUCCUUAUUUGUAUGGUUAAAUAUCACGGAUACCACAACUCAGCAUCACAAUUAAUCGUUUUACAUAUGUAGCUAUUUCCUUUUUUGCAUGAAUGGA